AUGUCUGACUACCCGCUCUUUCAGCUGGGAAAACCACGCUUCGACCAGAACACAUUUUUCGGUCGAUUCCGGCACUUCCUGGAUGUGAUUGAUCCCAGCACUUUGUUCGUCAGUGAGAGACGUCUUCGGGACAGCGUUGAACUCUUGCAUCGCUUUAAGGAAGGGACUCUGCCGCCUGGUGUCACAAAUGAACAGCUAUGGAAAGCCCAGAAAAUAAAACAGGCCAUCAUCCACCCGGACACAAACGAGAAGAUCCUGAUGCCUUUCCGCAUGUCAGGUUUUGUCCCGUUUGGCACGCCUGUGGUCGUGGGACUUCUUUUACCAAAUCAAACUCUCAUGUCCACCAUCUUCUGGCAGUGGCUGAACCAGAGCCAUAACGCCUGUGUGAACUACAGCAACCGCAACGCCUCCCGGCCCAAUGCUACAUCAUCGUUUGUUUAUGGAUACCUUGGAGCAGUGACCAGCGCUGUGUCCAUAGCUGUCGGUUUGAAUGUUUUAAUCCAGAGGGCUAAACGUUUCAGUCCCACAACCCGAGUGUUGGUGCAGAGGUUUGUCCCCUUCCCAGCAGUGGCCAGUGCUAAUGUGUGUAACGUGGUGCUCAUGAGGUGGUCCGAGCUGUCGGAGGGGAUCAGCGUCUUGGACCAGAGUGGGAAUGUGGUCGGGACGUCCAGAGUUGCUGCCAAAUAUGCUCUUACGGAGACGGCUCUGACACGGAUCGUACUGCCCAUGCCCAUACUGGUUCUUCCUCCGCUCAUCAUGGCCAACCUGGAAAAGUAUGCGGCCUCCAUGCGCUCUGCCCAGGCAGCGUGCCCCUCGUUAGGGAGAGAGGCGUCGGUGGAACAGGAGACUCUCCUGCUGCGCUCUCUGUCCCAAACAUACCAUCCAGCGCACACCGAUGUAUGCUGUCUGCAGAUGACUAUGAAGGAAAGGCGACUUCCUCUGCUGCAGGGAUACCCCAGACUAGUCCUGCCUGUCCACGCUCUGGUCUGCUUGGCUUCAUUUGCCUUCGCACUGCCCCUCGCCAUCAGCCUCUUCCCUCAAACAUCACAGAUCUCUGUCGAAAAACUGGAGGCAGAAAUCGCCAGAGCAGCAGAUUGUAAGAUUGUGUACUACAACAAAGGACUCUAA